GGUUCAUCUUGCAGCACAUGCGGUACAAGCAAUGCAUUCAAAAGGAGCAAAAAAAGCAAAGCCAGCUCCUCUGAGGAAUCAGGAUGGAUCAAAUCUUCAGCAUUUUCAGCCAUGGGAGCUUCACUACUUUCUGAAAAACACCUGUUUUAAUAACAGUGUGGGAGAAGAAAUCUUUUUUGAUGAGAAAGGGGAGUUUGACCCGGGAUAUGAUAUCUUCAACUUUGUCUCCUUCAACAAUCAAACCUUCCAGAGAGUCCGGAUUGGAAAGAUGGUCUCCAAAUCUCUUGAUGGGAAGAAGUUCACCAUUAAUGAAAAUGCCAUUGUAUGGAAUCACAAGUUUCAGCAAGUACCUCCCUGUGCCAGAUGUGUAGAGAGCUGCCAUCAGGGGUACAGAAAAGUUGUUCAAGAGGGGAAACAUAUUUGUUGCUACAAUUGUGCACAAUGUCCUGAAGGAAGAAUUUCAGAUGAAAUGGAUGCAAACCAAUGUGAGAGAUGCCCAGUGGAUCAGUAUUCGAAUGAAGAAAAGAUCCAGUGCCUUCCCAAACGUUUCAGCUAUUUAUCCUAUAGUGAAUCCUUGGGAAUCGUUCUGACAUCCUUGAGCCUUUUCUCUUCAUCAACCCUCAUUUUGGUGGCCGUGACUUUCAUUCUGCACUGGGACACCCCCAUUGUCAAAGCCAAUAACAGGAACAUCACAUGCAUCCUUCUUUCCUCUCUCCUGCUUUGUUUUCUGUGCUCUCUGCUCUUCAUAGGUCAGCCUGGGAAGGUGACUUGCUUUCUCAGGCAAAUUAUGUUUGGCACCAUUUUCUCUCUCUCGGUUUCUUGUGUCUUGGCCAAAACCAUCACGGUUGUUUUGGCCUUCCUGGCCACUAAGCCAGGAAACCAGAUGAGGAAAUGGCUAGGAAACAGACUGGCAGGAUCCAUCAUUGUCUUCUGCUCAUGUAUUCAAGCUAUUAUCUGCAUGAUAUGGUUGAUCAUGUCUCCUCCCUUCCCUGAGUGGGACAUGCAUUCACAGGUUCAAGAGAUCAUUGUUCAAUGUAAUGAAGGCUCAGAUGCUAUGUUUUACAUUGUCCUGGGCUACUUGGGGCUCCUGGCCACCAUCAGUUUCACUGUGGCUUUCUUUGCCAGAAAACUGCCUGAUACUUUUAAUGAAGCCAAGCUGAUCACCUUCAGCAUGCUUGUGUUCUGUAGCAUCUGGGUGUCCUUCAUCCCAGCCUAUCUGAGCACCAAGGGAAAAUACAUGGUGGCUGUGGAGAUCUUCUCCAUCUUGGGCUCUACUGCAGGUCUCCUGGGUUGCAUCUUCCUGCCCAAAUGCUACAUCAUUCUCUUGAACCCACAUCUGAACACAAAACAACACCUGACUAGAAGAAUAGAUUAAUAGUUCAAUUUAAUGUUAUAUUAUUCAGUCUUUACCUGGUGAUGAAAAGCAUCCAUGUGGAAAGUCCAAAUAUUCAGGACGGCAACUGUAACCAUGCUAUUCAAUAUUAUUACUAUCCUUUUUCUGUUCUUUAUGUAUGUAUUAUAUAUGAUAAAUCCUUAAGCUUUAUCUGAGCUGAAGAAUAAUCGUGAAAUCCUACUUCAUAUUCUUUGGCAUUUCCCUGGUGAUCAUGAGGAACCAUGGGGGAGACUCCAAAUAUUGAAGAAGACAGCCAGAAACAUAUAAUUGAAACUUCCUCCUUUUUUAUGUGUUUUGCAUAUGUGUUGCAUUGUAAGAAAGUUGCAGGACAUUGUUUGCUCAGUAAAAACUCUUUAUCUUCUCUGAUUGGGAUGCCCCUACCUUGAACUUCAUUGAAAGGACUACACUCCAUUGCUGCUUUGGUUGAUAUUGAAAUAAAUGUUCUGUUAUUCCAUUA